CAGAACUGACCUAGGAAUUUGCAGUAAAAUUUUACAGACUGGUGGAAAAGGUAGUAGGCCACCUAUUUCAGUCUGUUCUGUCCUAAACCUGCCUUCACCUGACAUAGGAAAUAAAAGAAUGAAACUAACAGCGUGUGUUCUGCUGUUGCAUAAAACCAUUUGUAAGAGCAGAGACUAUUAACCCUUCCCUACAAGCAAUGUUGCAGAAAGUCCCAACACCAUGAGCCAAUGAGCAGAGCUACCCCUGGAACCUAACUGCACCAGCCAUCUGCCUCUGCUCUCUGCAAAGUAUUUUGAGAAGCAUUUAAGCCACCCAAAUGCUGAAUUUGAGCAUCAAUUCCCAUUAGACAAGUGAACGAUCUCCUAGAAAUCAAUGGGAAAUGUUCCGUUUCCUUGAUUUUAUUGUCUUUGCUAGACAUAAGAUGGUAAGUGGAUAAUUGCAGAUUUGUUUAAGUGGUAUUUUACCUCCAAGAAAGCAGCAGUGAUCCCAUGUCAAGCUUCCAAUUCCCUCGAUUGUUUAGGGCACGAGGACAGACCGAGUGGGGCCGUUGCUCUUGGAGCACGUUUGUUCUCAGGGGCUGCAAAAGUGACCUCUGUUCUAAACAAGCUAAAACCCCCAAGGGGCCUGCUGCUAGCAGGGCUCUGUCAGGCCACUGGAUAGCAAUAGAAACAAAAACAAUGAUUCUCGGGAUCAAUUCUUGCCAGAAAUGUUGAAUUGAUGAGAAUUACUCUGGUAAUGUUUUUUUGUUCAGUAUUUAGUUUGUUCUUUUCUAGCGGGACUCCCAGUGGCUUAAGUGUCCAAACAGAACAGACAGGGUGCUUUUUGUGUUCAUGAUAAACUCAAAUACAGUCCACAAAAUAGCAAAUGUGUUCCAUGCUAGCUUUGAUCUUCCUUCCAGCCAAAGUUAUCACGUGCAUAAAUGACAAAUGCUUUCCAGGACCCACCUCACCUUUCCUUAUGAGAGAGUGAAUUGAACAUGUUAACUAUUUAUUGUCCAUCAUUGUGUGUUUUCUGUAUGAAUGAAGUAGCCAGGAGAAAAUUGGAUGAUUCACCUCCGUGUUUCUUUAGCCAAAAGUCUUUAAUUAAAUUGGAAUUAAAUUGCUUUAGUUCCAGCAACUAUGAAAUGUAAUUAUAUUAUUUAGACCUUUGCUCCAUCAUGGUUUUAAUCCAACUUAGGGCUGUGCUUCCAAAAAAAAAAAAAAAAAGGAAAACAAAGUCAGUCUUGUACCCCUUUCUUGUAUCAACAGAUAUUCGUUUCACCUUCCUCUCUGGUACCAGCACUGCCAAUUCUAAGGCACUGAAAGGAAACGAUCUGAGCUGGAAAUGCAUCCAUUAUUGCUGGGGUAAUACAAACACGUUAGUUCCUCCCUUCAGGCUUCUCUGAUGCAGUUAUUCUGCUCAGCCCUGUGAAGUCUGCAUCGAGGAAAAGGCAGAAAUGAGGAAGUGGGAGAAGCCAGAGGGGUGGCUGGACUUGCCCGUCGGGACUCACUUGGAGCUGUGGCUUUUCCAUUUGCCCCUUGAUGCCAGCCAGGCCUCUGGAUGGAUUGCACGUUCUUCACUCGGAAGGAAAUCCUUCGGUUGCAUGGCCGGUACUAUGAAAUGGCACCAAACGUUGUGCCCAUGGACUACACAAAGGACCCAGAUGUCAAACUACCUAUGCAGCUCAUAAUAAACAUGCCUGAGCUAAAGGAGAAUCCCUUCAAAGAAAGGAUUGUGUCAUCUUUCUCUGAAGAUGGAGAGGGCAGCCUGAGCUUCAAUGACUUUGUGGAUAUGUUCUCUGUGCUCAGUGAAAUGGCUCCCAGAGAGCUCAAAGCAAUCUAUGCCUUUAAGAUCUAUGAUUUUAACACAGAUAACUUCAUUUGUAAAGCAGACCUGGAGCAAACCCUCAAUAAGCUGACCCGGGAGGAGCUGACAGAAGAGGAGAUCACCCUGGUGUGUGAGAAGGUGAUAGAAGAGGCUGACAUGGAUGGGGAUGGGAAGCUGGGCUUUGCAGAUUUUGAAAACAUGAUUUCCAAAGCACCAGACUUUCUCAGUACUUUCCACAUCAGAAUCUGAAGAUGUUUCUGAGAGCCAGUGUUAUCAGAAAUGACUUUGCCAGUCCAGCCUUUCUGAAUCUCAGGCACUCCAGGGGUUCCUGUCCUCUAAUGAGGACUUCUCAGAACUCAGCAGAAAGUACUGAAGUAAUUCUGGUCCACAAGGAGACAGAAGCAUCAUGUGUUCUACAGGAUACUUGGAACAGUCACAUUUUUAUCUUCACUGCUGGCCAAGCACUCUGGCAAAGAUGGGUGGUAGUUGGGUUGUGGUUUUUGGUUUUCCCCCCCCCCCCUUUUUUUAAACCGUCAGAAUCAGAAUAUUAUUAAAGGUAUUUCCACAUAGUUUUUAUAUUUAUGAAUAUUUAAUACUGCUCUUAAAAGUGCAAAAAAAAAAAAAAAGAGAGAGAGAAGGGUUAGCUUUGGUGUGUUUUCCAAGAGGAUUUGAAAGAAAGCACGGGCCUUAACUAAUGAGAUGCCUCUAUCACUGUGUUGGACAGCUGGGGGUCUUGCACGGAAAUUCUCUGAGGGGAAAGAACUGCAGCCAAGAUCAAGCUCCCAGUGUUGAAGACAACCACAGCCCAGGUUUGCCUUUCAGCCUCUGAAAUGGCAGCUGCUGGGUUUGGUGCUUACCUUCAACCGGUAUUUUCUGGAUCGUGGUGUCCUUAUGAAACUUGAAACACUUGCCUUUUGUACAUGAGAUUCCUUCCUUCCCGAGGUCAGUGCUCCAACUGUGUCCUUACUCCAAUGGGGCUCCUGCAUUUUACUCACUCUGUGGGCUGGUGAUGUCGAGUGGACGAAUAUGAUCCCCUGGAACUCAUGAAGAAGUUGAAGAAGCACAGAACUCCUCCUAAGGACAUGAAAAGACAUUUUCUUUCUAAACCAGCUAUGCAAUCUUUCCCAUAAAGUGCAUGAAUGCAGCUCUAUAUUUCUCUUCCCCCUCCAGCUGGAAAUCAGCUAGAUCUUUCUUUUUUUUCCACUUCCAGUAUUGUUUGGGUACUGGGGCCUGGAGACAAUCAUGUGUGUAUUAAUUACUGUUCUAACAGUCAAUAGAAGGGCUCUGUCACCUACAUGGCUUCUGUAUCAAAGUCAUCACCAUUAAAACCUUUGAGUCAUU